UCCCCGGGCACCUGUCAGCUGCAGCGUGGAGCGAGAAACACACAUUCGAAGACUCCGUAUCUAGUGUCACUCUCGCGGUGGUUGUCUCAUGUGACUCGCACGGUCUCGUUCUCUCUUAAUGUGAAACUACGGAUUUUUCUCGGCCCUCGUCCCGUUUCCCAACUUCUCUCCGAAACGCCGGCGCCGUUGUAUUGGAGGGUUCUACAUAUCUAUAAGAUACAAGGUCUGCCAAGAUGAAGGUGAACGUCGACGGACUCGAAGUGCUGUUCCCUUACGACUUCAUUUACCCCGAGCAGUACAGCUACAUGCUUGAGCUCAAACAAUGCCUCGACGCCAAGGGUCAUGGAGUUCUAGAGAUGCCUUCCGGAACGGGGAAGACGGCCACUCUGCUCUCGCUUAUCCUGGCGUAUCAGAAAGCCUACCCGAGCGUCAUCAGCAAACUGGUGUAUUGUUCGCGUACCAUGCCUGAAAUUGAGAAAGUCGUUGAAGAAGUAAGGCGGCUUCGAGAAUAUUACAAAAAAGAGGCCUUCAUCAGCUCCUCAAACGACAUCCUCGGCUUGUGUCUCACAUCUCGGAAGAAUCUCUGCUUACAUCCCGCGAUAUCAGAGGAGAAAGAUGGACGAGUCGUCGACGCAAAAUGCUACGCUUUCACCUCGGCCUAUAAGAGAGGCGAAGAAGGAGAGGAAACGUGCACUUUUUUCGAAAGUUUCGACACUCACGGCCGUGAAAUGUUAUUACCGCCCGGAGUCUAUGGGAUAGAUGAUUUGAAAGAAUACGGUCAGCGUCACCACUGGUGUCCGUACUUCACUGCACGACACGCAAUCAUGCACGCAAAUGUCGUCAUAUACAGUUACCACUACCUGCUCGAUCCAAAGAUCGCCGACAUCGUAUCGAAAGAGCUGAACUCGAACAGCGUUGUGGUUUUCGACGAAGCUCACAAUAUCGAUAACGUUUGCAUCGACUCCAUGAGCGUCACCAUUAGCAAGAAGAUGAUGGAUGUCAUCAACGCGAAUCUAGUCGUUGUCGAGAAUCGAGUGCGCCAUAUACGGCAGACGGACGCUUCCCAAUUACAGGAAGAAUAUCAGAAACUCGUAGACGGCCUACGCGUGGCACAACAAGCUCGUGAAACCGAUAUCAUCAUGCCGAAUCCCGUGCUCCCGGACGAAGUCCUCCAGGAGGCCAUUCCGGGAUCGAUAAGGACCGCCGAGCACUUCACCGCGUUUUUGCGUCGACUCUACGAAUACGUGAAGCACCGAAUGAGAACUCAGCACGUCGUGCAGGAAUCGCCUGCCGCCUUUCUGAAAGACAUCUGCAAGCAGGUUUGCAUCGAGCGGAAGCCGCUGCGAUUCUGCGCUGAGCGCUUGUCGAGUCUCCUCCGAUCGUUGGAGAUAUCGGACGUGGCGAACUUCUCGCCAUUAGUUCGAAUGUGCCAUUUUGCCACUCUGAUCUCAACGUACACCAAAGGAUUCACUUUGAUCAUCGAACCCUACGACGAUCGAACACCGAACAUUCCGAACUGCACGCUGCAGUUGAGCUGCAUGGAUGCUUCGAUUGCGAUAAGGCCCGUUUUCCAUCGAUUUCAGUCGGUGAUCAUAACCUCCGGUACGCUGUCGCCUCUGGAAAUGUACCCCAAGAUCCUGAAUUUCCAUCCCAUUGUGAUGGCGUCCUUCACCAUGACCUUGGCCAGACCGUCGAUCUGCCCCAUAGUGAUCAGCAAAGGCAACGAUCAAGUCGCCAUAUCGUCGCGCUACGAGAACAGAGACGACAUCGCCGUCAUAAGAAACUACGGCAACCUUAUUGUGGAAAUGAGCGCAGUCGUUCCCGAUGGCUUGGUGGUUUUCUUCACGUCAUACCAAUACCUGGAGAAUGUCGUUGCGUUGUGGUACGAGCAGGGUAUCGUAGAUCAGAUUCUACGUAAGAAAUUGCUCUUCAUCGAAACGCAGGAUUCCGCUGAGACCAGUCUCGCUCUCUUGCAUUACGUCAAGGCCGUGGAGAGCGGUCGAGGAGCGGUUCUCCUAUCUGUCGCCAGAGGGAAAGUCUCUGAGGGAGUCGAUUUCGACCAUCAUCUAGGGAGGGCAGUCCUCAUGUUCGGGAUUCCGUACGUGUUCACCCAGAGUCGGGUGCUCAGAGCUCGAUUGGAGUACCUUCGCGACCAGUUCCAGAUUAAAGAGCAAGAAUUCCUUACUUUCGAUGCGAUGAGGCACGCCGCGCAGUGUGUUGGCCGAGCUCUUCGAGGCAAGACCGACUACGGCGUGAUGGUGUUCGCAGACAAGAGAUUCUCUCGAUACGAUAAAAGCAAACUGCCGCGUUGGAUCCAAGAGUAUCUGACAGACUCGUUGUGCAAUCUCAGCACAGAAGAAGGCGUUCAAGUUGUCAAGAAGUUCCUGCGUCAGAUGGCGCAACCUUUCAGCCGGGAAGACCAACUCGGGAUUUCGCUGUUGACUGAAGAGCAGCUGAACGAUCCCGAGGUCCACAGGAAGCUCAAAUCGAAAAUAAUCCAGAGCGAUGCCGGGUCAUAA